AUGUCAGCGCCAGUGUCCCUACUGGGCUGGUACGAUCUGGACCAGGAGCUGAUCCUGGUGCUGGAGAGACCAGUUCCCGCCUUGGACCUGCUGAAAUAUGUCAAGGACAACGGGGGCUCCCUACAGGAGGAGGAGGCCAAGAUCAUACUGAAGCAGCUCUUCGAUGCAGCACAUGAACUUUAGCAUCAGCGCAUCUUCCACCGGGACAUCAAGGUGGCAGAUAUCCUCAUCGAGACCGGCUCAAAUGUCCCACGCGUACGAAUAAUCGACUUUGGCCUGAGCUGCUUUUUCAAAGACAAGUCCACCUAUCGCGUCUUCUACGGUACCUCUUCCCACUGCCCUCCAGAGUGGCACAGCAGCAGUACCUACACGGCUGGUCCCACCGCGGUGUGGCAGAUGGGCGUGGUCCUGUUUGAGACACUCCACAGGAACACAAAGUUUGAGAUGAAGAAGUUCCUGAUAAAUGAGCUGAGGAUCAGCGAGGAGCACUGCCAGGAUUUCUUGAGGGCACGUUUGUCCAAAGACCCCAACCAGCAUCCGACCCUGGAGGAGCUCAAAUGUCACUCAUGGCUGAGAUAAACCCACACACACACACAUCAUAUCCUAACACCAGUCAAUGAAUCCAUCCAAUGCCAUAUAUCAGGGUUGUAAACUGGUCACAUUUCCGUGAAAAUUGCUGUUCUGGAUCCAAAAUAGGACAUAUGUGAGAUAUGUCUUUAUUUACUCCAGAAAGUGGCGUCCCUCGCUGUCAACUUCACGCCUCCUUGCUGUGGCCGUGUCUGCCGCCUCACAGGAAAUGUCUGUUUAGAAACCGUUCGUUUGCUUUGGUUUUCCAUCUGUUCAUGAAAACACAUUAGCUCCAUCUUUGUAGUUCCUGCUUGGUGCAAGUCUACAAACUGUGUGAUAGUUCUGCCAUCGUGAAGCUGGACAGGAAAAAAUGCAAAGUGAUUUUGCUUGAUUAACCAGUCGUGUGAGGCGGACUUCGGUUCAUGGGACACGUGUGGCCCAUGAACCAAUGUUCACGUUUGGACAUGCCUGCUCUAGCGUGUGCAGAUAGUUUAAAAAAAAUCUCUUCCUGGUGGGGCAGCUUUGUCACCUUUUACACUCCUGAUGAGACUAAAUGACACACAACCACUAACACCGUUCUGUCUCACAGGAAGGAGGAUUUGCUGCUUGACGUAAUCA